AUGGAGGCUAAAGACUGUGCCUACAUCGACAAUAACAACGGGUAUACAGACUACUGCAAUGCUAAUCGAGGUUUCAUUUGCUACGAUGAGAGGCUGGUUCUGGUGAAGGAGAAUAAGACAUGGGAGGAGGCGUUGGAAUACUGCAAAUAUAUGAAGGAAAGGAAAAACUACACCCUGGCCACUCUGACCACCACCGACGACCACAACUUUGCACGAGAGAAAGCCCAGCUGGCAACCACUGAGGAGGUGUGGACAGGCCUGCGUUACCUUGGUGAUGAGUGGUUCUGGGUGGGUGGAGGACCAGUGCAGUACCAGGACAUUCCAAGCUGCCCGGCUGAGAGGUGUGGAGUCCUGGAGAAGAGCGGAAACUCAUUGUUUGGGAUCAGAGACUGCAAUGAGAGAAGGAACUUCUUCUGUUACUUAAAAUCUUAA